CGUCAUCAGACCGCGCAGUGUUAUUGUUGUCGCCGUAGUUGAAGUUCAGCAGCAGUAGCAGUAGCAGGAGGAAUGAAGACAAAAGUGAAUAAACUUUUGAUUUAACGGAGCAGCUGCUGACGGUUUCGACUCGCAGAAUCUCAGGAUGCAGCUCACAGAAUGAGUCGUGAUGAAGAGACCAAAGCUGGCCACAGUGUUUAUUUUUGGGGGCUGCCUGCUCGCCUACCUGAUGUUUGUGAAGCAUCACUAUGCCACACAGCCCGAAACCUACAGACUUCCCCCCCGCCACCGGACCGCUACCCCCGGACCCAGCUUCCAGUACGGCAUCAUGUUCGAUGCUGGGAGCACUGGAACCAGGAUCCACAUCUUCAAGUUCCAGAUGGAGAACCAAGAAGCUCCCAAACUGGCCCACGAGACCUUCAGAGCCAUCAAACCUGGACUGUCUGCGUACGCUGACGAGCCACAGAAGUGCACAGCGGGAAUCGUGGAGCUUCUGGAGGUGGCAAAAUCCAGCAUCCCCCUCUCCAUCUGGAACGCCACCCCCGUGGUCCUGAAGGCCACUGCCGGCCUCCGCCUGCUGCCGGGAGACAAGGCCAAACACCUGCUGGACACGGUGAGGGCGCUGUUUGUGGAGUCUCCCUUCCUGUCCAGAGACGACAGCGUGUCAAUCAUGGACGGCACUGAUGAAGGGAUUUCUGCCUGGAUCACCGUCAACUUCCUCACUGGUGAUCUCCACAGCUCUGACUCGCCCACUGUAGGGAUGUUGGAUUUGGGGGGGGGGUCGACUCAGAUCACCUUUAGCCCUCAGGACGAGAAAACCAUCCAGACCUCACCCAUCGACUACAUCAGGUCCUUCCAGAUGUUCAACAACACACACACUGUCUACACUCACAGUUAUCUGGGUCUGGGUCUGAUGUCGGCUCGGCUCGCUGUCUUAGGAGGGGUCGACGCUUCCCCCCUAGAGGGCAGCACUGAGCUGGUCAGCCCGUGCCUUGCUCCAGAGUCGUCGGGCAGCUGGGAGCAUGCUGACGUCGUCUACACUGUGAGGGGACAGAAAGCAGGGGAGCCUGUGUACGAGGCCUGUCUGACCAAAGUGGAGAAGGUUCUGUACAGGAAGGUGUUUAUGGCGUCCGAGGUCGUAGACGUGGACUUCUACGCCUUCUCGUACUACUACGACCGCGCCGUGGACCUCGGCCUCAUCGAGGAGAAGACGGGAGGAACCGUUCUAGUGGCUGAUUACAUUGAUGCAUCUAAAAGAGUGUGCGCUGGUGAGUCCCCGAGUCCUCUGCAGAGUCCCCAGAGUCCCUUCCUGUGUCUGGACCUGGUCUACAUCUCAGUCCUGCUGCAGGAGCUCGGCUUCCCCCCACACAAACAGCUCAGGCUUGCGAGGACCAUCAACCAGGUGGAGACCAGCUGGGCGCUCGGAGCAUCGUUUCAUUACCUCGAGUCCCUGAACAGACACUGAAGCUUUUAUUGUGAAAAACCUCACGAUGUUCUGAGGAGCUUCUGGACUUCCUGAAGACAAAACCUCAGUGGAGCCCGACAACUGCUGGGGAAAAGCUGCUCUCCUAUUGGCUGGUCCCAGGUUAAGAAAGAAAGAAUAUUGUAGAUAAAAGAAAGGGAGCACAUGGAAAUAAAUAAUGUAACCGAGACACACACACAGACGCACACACACACACACACACACACACACACACA